CCCAAAGCCUAAAUACAAAAAAAUGCGACCACCCACUCUCCCACGCAUCAAAUCCCCCAGAAUCCAAACCCACCACCACAACCACCUCCCCUCAAGCCGCACAAUCCACACCCACCACCAACCCACCACCACACACCCCCUCCUCCCACUAACCCAGCGAAACUGCAUCAUCACCGGCGGCGCCGGCGCACUCGGCCACGCAAUCGCCAAAUCCCUCGUCGCAGCAGGCGCAACCGUCUGGCUCGUCGGCCGCACGCGCGCCACGCUCCACGACGCCGCGCUCGACAUCCACCGUAGCACGCUUCCGCCAGACCAGGAGUUCGCUCCCGGUCCCAAUACCAGCAACAGCAACAGCAACAGCAACAAUCGCAUAAACAUCAUAGAAGGCGACAUCCUAGCCCAAGGAUUCUGGCAGCGCGUCUUCGAGGACAACGAGGCGCGUCUGGCGAAGAACGUGGACGUGCUCGUGAACGCGGCCGGGGUGGCGCAGAACGGGUUCCUGUUCAGCUCGGACGAGGCGGGGUUGCGGGGCGUGCUGGAUACGAAUCUGGCGGGGUCGAUGCUGGCGGCCAAAUACGUGGGGCGGUACGGGAUGAUACGGGAGAGGCAUGGGCGGGCGGGCAAGUGUAUUGUCAAUGUGGGCAGUUUGCUUGGGGAGCGUGGUGGGAAGGGGGCGGUGGCGUAUGCGGCGAGUAAAGCUGGGAUUCAUGGUCUGACACGAGCGCUCGCAGAAGAGCUCGCGGGAUGGAACAUCCGGGUCAAUGCUGUGCAACCGGGCUACAUUGAGUCGGACAUGACCAAAGGGCUUGAGAGACAAUCGCUGCUAGAGAAAAUCCCGGCAAAACGCUUCGGGCGACCCGACGAAGUUGCCGACGCAACCAUGUUCCUCAUAACGAAUAUGUAUGCCAACAAUUGCGUCAUCAACCUGGAUGGUGGUCUCAGCGCAACGGGUUUCCAAUGA